AUGCAGCAACAGCUGCUGAGUGACCACAACAGCAUGGUAUUCAUGCAGUGCCAGGGCAGGCGGGACAAUGAGAAGCCACUGCCACAGGGUCCCCCAGGUGGUGUUAUUGGGAUCCUUGGAGGUGUCGUUGCCAUCGGACUCAUCGUUGGUGUGGCUGUUACUGUUUUCAUGGUCCAUCGGCGGCAGCAGAAGACCCGCACUGAGACAGAUAAUGACCUGACCGACCUCCCACCCGCCCACAAACCAGCCCCUCCCCCGCCCAAAAAGAAGAACAGUGACAUGAAGGGACACUUGACGUCCGAUGACAUCCAGGUGGUUCAUCUCGACAAGGAGGAGGAAAUGCAGAAGCUUCCUCUUCAGCCUCCUUAUUACGACAUGGCGCCCUCUGAGUCGACCCCCUUCACUGAUAAGCCGGACUCUGGGAGGCGUCCAGAGGAGUUGUUGAACCCGGCUGAAUACAUGAGCUACCAGCGCAUCUGCAACAUGGAACACUUUCCCGAGUCUCAGCCCGCUCCAGCCUACCCCCCUGUUACUUUCUUGCCUCAGCACCCCUACGCGCAGCAACCAUCCAACGAGCCCAUGUACUCCAACACGAGCUUCUCCGCCCCCGGCCCUCGGGCUCCGUUCACUUUCCCCAAGGAGCAAUCCGUGUGACAUGCCACAUAACUCUUAGCUCUGCAGGAGUCAGCGUGAUAGUGCCACAAACGCUUCAUGGAAAACAAAUCUCUGCUGAACGGAUGUGCAUCGAUCCCCACCUUGCUUCUGUUUAUUCUAUAAGCUUAAAACACACGUGGGCUUCCCCCUGCUAUGAUGAAAGUGUCUGUAACUUGUGGACCUCAAUCCCCCUGUGUAUUGUGCACCGUUUACUCCACUGAGGCUGUCUGACGUUAGCGUAGCCAACACCAAGUAGACCCCUCCACCACUCUACCCUCCACCCCUCACAUAUGCCCACUCACCCUGUUUGCUUUUGAUUGCUUCUUCACCUUUGAACAUUUUUUGCUCUUUUUUUGCCAACCGUGUAAACUGUGUACAGAAUAUGCCAUUGUAUCACUCAAGAUGUUUUUUUUUUUUUCUUCUAUUUUUACAUUUCCCACAGUGGUAGUGACCUUUUAUAGCAACGUGCUUCUUUUGUUUGUUUUCUGUUUGUCUGUCAAUCAUAUGCUUGCUUCUUGAAAGUCAUUUACUAUACUGUUUGUGUGAUCGAGUGUGUUCUGGUGAAAAAAAAAACAAAAAAAAAAAACAAAUGCCAUUUGAUUUGUAAAGCUAAUUAUCAUUCUAUAAUGACAUGGACUUCUCCUUUAACGACAGUUAAUGACAGGGUUGUUAUGUGAAGAUGUGAAUUGGCAGUCUCUCACCUGAAUCCUUCAUUACUUCUCAUAAUAGCUUUGCUGUUAUGGAGUUUGACUGGAUAUUUCGGGCUAUUAAAAGCGAAUAUUAUCCUCAUUAGCUACGAAGAAAAACAAAGGGCUUGAGAUCCAGCAGUAUCUACGUUCUUCUAUUUCUCAAUGUAUCAUCAUCCAUCCAUCCUGGUUAUCACUACUAUUAUUAUUAUUAUUAUUAUUAUUAUUAUUAUUAUUAUUAUUAUUAUCUACCAGUAGUUGCCAAAGACAUGUAGUUUCAUUCAUUCUUUUGUCCAUUUUGUUUCAUGCUAGCAUUUCCAUUAAAACUACUUGGUUUGAUGGGAAAUAAACAAGGUUGAUUGGCAAUGUGCUACACUUUUCCAGUUUACAUUAUCACUUGCCAUAUGCUGUAUUUUCCAUAUCUGUACAUGAAAACUUGAGUUCCUCAUGGAGGCUGGUUCUGAGGUUUUGCGGGUCCUUUGUGUUCAUGCAGAGUUAUCAGCCAACAGGUGUUGUUCUUUAUGCAGGUGCAAUAGGUGAAGACAAUCACAUGCAUGGGUUGUCCUGGGAAAAAAAACAGUUAAUAUUAUUUUUAUGUUGUUCUAGUCAAAUCUAAAGGGAAAGAUUUUUUCAAGGACAGCCCACACAUCUAACAUAUUUAAUUUUUUUAUUAUUAUUAUUUUUGAUUUGUACUAAUAUAGCCUAAAGAGUUUCAAAACAGUCUACGAAACACUAAAGAGAAAAGCUUGCUACUGUAUUUUUUUAGAGAAUGCUUAGUUAUAUACGAUAGCACGCCACUAUUUUCAGAGUCCAUUUUACACUGUGACUAUUCAUUUCAGACCAUACAUAAGCUAAUGUGCUUGACGAGCCAAUUUCAGGAUACUGCCUCCCACACACAAGCCCUCUACACACAGCAAAUUUGCAUAAAUUGAAAGUUCACAUUUUUUGCCAUGUCAGAUGUAUGUUUGGAAAAAAAAUAAAGAAAAGAAAAUACUUGUGUUUGUGCUCAAUGUGGAAAAAAAAUCCUUGAGAUGUUGAAGGUAAUUUUAGUGCUUACUCUUAACGGUGGUGGUUAAUGGGAUAGCGUAAAAUUUGUGAGACUUUCUCCUGUGCUCACCUUGUUGUCUUGCAAUGGCUCGAUUUGUGUGCUAGCAUUUAGUUUAAGCAGUGGUCUCUGGUUGGAACCGCUGAAGGAGUUUGAUAUUGCUGUACCUGCUGUGUGAAAAAUCACUGAAACACUACUUUGUCUUUUUGUGACACAUUUACGAUUCAUGAGAUCCUUCCUUUUCAUUAUUAUUAUUAUUAUUAUUAUUAUUAUUAUUAUAUUAUCAUGAUUAUUUUGUUUUUAUAUAUGUAAGUGCUUGCUGCAGAGUAUGCUUAAAAUGGGAUUUACAUAUAUUAAUUUUCACUGAAGAUACCUGCCAUGUUUGUUUUCACCCACGACCUUGUUGUUUUGUGUUUUGUAAGACUGUAACAUUUAGUUUUAAUUUUUUUAAACAUAUAUAUAUAUAUAUAUAUAUAUAUAUAUAUAUAUAUAUAUAUAUACAUAUAGGUCUACAGCACAUUUCUUUUGACAUUUAUUGUACAUUUGUGGAAGGAUACUACCUGAAUAAAUAUUAGAGUUAUGACCUCUGUUUGUUGCUGAGGCUGAAAUAAUGAAAUGAUGUGAAACAAUUUAACCAGUUUUUUUAUUUGGAGUUAUGUUUGAUGUAAAUAUUAACAGUGUAUCUGAUGUGUGAAAAAAAAAACAAACAAGUCAUGCAGUUUAACA